UGUUCCUAGUCAAGCAGCUUUGUUCAGGCUGUCAAUAAAAACUUUUACAUUGUCGUAAAUAUUCAUUGUACUAACAUAAGCAGUAUAAAUAUCUUUCCAUUCUGGAAGUGUCUCUGAGCAAUAUAAGCAAUUUCCCAUUCCGGAAGCGUCUCAGAGAAUAUGGCAAAGCGGACUAAUCUAUUUUUCUUGUGGACUACAUUGUUUAUAGUAUCUGUUUGUUUGGCAACCAUUGUAGUAUUCUCCGGAUUUAAUCACUCAAUGGGUAAAUUCAGAUCAAUGUUGGUGUCCCUACUCAUUGUGCUUUUGGGUCACUUUCUAUUCGGAGAUCCCACCAGAUUUCUAAUACUUGCUAGCUUAGACGCUUUUUGGAGUCCAGAGAACCUGAAGUAUGCAACAGUUGCUGAAGUUGGCCAUCAAAAACAGUUAGAUUAUUUGAACUUGCGAUUGAACAGUUUACGGGCCCAUCUCUCAAUACCGGAAAAGCAUCGUAAUGAAAAGCUGAACUCGCAGUACAGGGAGAUAGUAAAUGAUUUAUGGCUGUUUGGAAAGUAUUUCCUGUUUAUAAUGUGUCUACUACUGUUCUUAUCCGAUGAGACUACGUAUUACACUCGAAAUCACAUUAAGCGCCUUUUCACACACAAUUAUUCCAAUUAUUAUGGCUUGAAUGAUGUGGCCGAAUUGACAGGUGCCUAUGAUUUCAUAAAAUCUUCGCUUAUUGAUGGCUUUGCUAUUAAACGAGAUGAAUUUCAGAAUUCAUGGAUUCAUAGCGAGCAGACUGCUUUGCUUGGAGUCGUUCGACUACGUCAAUUGCGUGUGAUUGAUAUGGAGCAUGAUAGAGUGAGUGACCCUCCUUUUUCAGAGAAAUCGUAUUUGCCUGGAUGGAAAUUACCAUAUCGGCGCUUUCCUUACGAUGAAGUCUAUUGGCGCAUCUAUGAACCGUGGGUAUUCAAAAAUCUGAAUUUAAAACUAAACUUGCUAGUAGUGCAACAACAUACAGGAUAUCUUCGCUCAUAUCCCAAGUUAAGUGGUUACAUGUCGCUACUUGCGCGCAGUCAACAAAAUAGUCACGUGAUCGUAAGAUUCCUACGCAAAAAUAAGUGGCUCACUUACAAUACAUCGGUUCUAUUUAUGGAAUUCGCAUUGUAUAGCGUUGAUGCAAAAUUAUUAACUGUGUGCACACUGCAUAUAGAGCAUACAUCCUUUGGCACCAUGAUUUCUCAUGUGAACGUAAAUGCAAUAAGCUCAUUUGAAAAAGUUGACCAUCUUACACACCUGACAAUACUUUUUCUAAUUCUGUAUAUCAUAACGUUUGUAGACUUCGUUAAGGGGCUUGCGAUCAAAUUGUGGUUUGAACCGGCGCAAAUUCGUUCAUUUUGGAACAAAGUGGAUGUUGCAAUAUUUGUGCUUAACAUCCUCAUAUUAAUAAUGACUUUCAUACGUGAGUCAAAAGUCACGAACAUUUUUGACCAUCUUGCAAAUGACAGCAAAAUGGAAUUCAUACAAGUAUUAGAAGCAACUCACGUGCACUCGUUCACCGCAAUACUUAUUGGAUUUCUCUUGUGUUUGAUUACUCUUCGAUUAUGGAAGGCUCUCGAAUUCUCCAAUGUGUUCCAGAUCUUCACACAAACCCUGUAUUUGUCUUGGCGAGCGGUGGCAUCUGUUGCUGUGGUCAUUAUCGUAUUACUGUUGGGUUUUGCGAUUGCGGUAUCUACGUUUAAUGGCAACAACAGCUUCAACUUCUCUCAAUUUCGCCAGAGUAUCAUCACAUGCACAUGCUUCACCUUCGGAUAUACCAAUGGUGUUAGUCCGGAAGAACUGUUUCAUGGCGGCCAGUUCAUUGGCGCUAUAUUUUUUUCGAUCUUGGUAUUCGUUAUUUCGGUGAUUUUGGUAAAUAUGUUCGUAUCAAUAAUUAACGACUUUGUUUGCACUGCAAAACAUCAAAGGGAUAUGAUAUCUGGUCGUCGCAUCAACAUAUUUCAAUUCAUUUAUGCCGAAAUGAGAGUUUAUGUUCUAAAGAUAAAGCAAUUGCCAAAGUUUCGUACACGUUAUCGUCGGAAUAAUCGAACUGUUUCUGAAAACAUAAUGAGAUCACUACAAUCGAUCAGAAAUAAAAGGAAGAAAUGGGAGGUUACCAUUGCCAAGGCCUUUGUUGCAAAAAAUACAAUAAGUCCCCUUGAUAAUAUUGUGGAGCAUGCAGAAAGUAAAUACAAUCAGGAAAGAAUCUAUACAAUUGGCGCUAUAUUGAAUACUCAAAUCGAUAUACUUCAAAAUCUUUCGAAUCAUCAUAAGCGUACACGUAGACAAAGUGAAUGAAAAAAUAUAAAAAGAAUAUUUCAUUUUUUAUUUCAUCUCACUGCUCAAUGUCAAGUUAUUUCAUAAUUAAUUUCUCAUUGUUGAAGAAAUUAUCACACAAAAGUAAAUGUAAAGCAAAGUACAUAUGAUAGAAUGGACGAGUCGAUGGUUAAGGGUGUAUCCCAGUCGAGUAUAGCCGCUAAGAACAUGAAUGUCCUUACUCCUCCAAACUUCAAACGGGAAGGACUAAAAAAGGCGGUUUAUCACUCACAGUUAAAUUAUUAAAAUAAGGAAAUGCGGGAAAGAAUCCUUAAAUAUAAUAUUAUUAUUGAUUAAAAUAUUUGUGUAUUGUACGUAUGCCACUUGGCCACUUUUAUUAAUACAUAUUUAUAUAUAAUAUUAUUAGGAAUUUAAAUAAAUAAAAAUUGAAAUGCAUAA